GAGUCUAUUUACCCCCUCCGAGCUCUCAACUGUGGCCGGGCUCCUCCAACCAACCACAAUUCUGACAUUUAACUCCGGAAACACAAAUGUAACCAGCGCUGCGUUACAUCCUAAAGUGCGACUGAACGGCGAGGCGUUUGAUCAGCUGUCGGACAGCGGUUGGAACUGGCCACAAUGUCAAGGGUGGUGAAGAAGAGGCAAGCGGACCCUAAGGUGGUUCAGUAUGUCUGGUCGGCCAUUGAAGUCAUCCGCAAUCAGAAACAAAUCGCAAACAUGGACAGAAUCUCAAAAUAUUUAAGUCGUGUGUAUGGGAUGCACCCUAAAGAAACGGCUAGGCAGCUGGUUCUGGCCGUGAAAGACGGUCUGGUGGUGGAGACGCUCACCGUGGGCUGUAAAGGCUCCAAAGCCGGGAUCGAACAAGAGGGAUACUGGCUCCCAGGAGACGAGAUGGAGCAGAUGUCAGAAGGAAGCAAGCCCUCUUUGCCUACUGAUGCUCUUUUUCAAGAUGACUGGGAAGCAGAAAGUCACGACUGGUACUGCUUUGAGUGUCACCUUCCCGGAGACGUGAUGGAGUGUGACGGCUGUUUCCGUGUCUACCACCUCCGUUGUUUGUCUGAAGACCACCGGCCACGGGACUCAACCUCCCACUGGCAGUGCGGCAUCUGCAGGGGCAGUAAAAGGAAGAAUUUGAACAAACAGGAAAUGAUGACAUACCUGAAGUUCAUUCUUGGACGCAUGAAGGAAAGGGCUGUGGACCUGCACAAGAAAGGAAAGGAGACAAAGCAACCUGUGUACAGAAGACUGAUCCACACACCUCUGGAUGUGGAGAACAUACAAGAGAACAUCUCAGAGGGGAAGUACAAGAGCUUUGAGGAGUUCAGGGCCGACGCUCAGCUUAUAGUUCACAACACAGCCAUUCUGCACGGAGUCAACAGCGAUCAGACGGAAAUUGCAAGACUUCUUUACAACGACACAUGCCAUGAGCUGAACGAGUUAAUGUUGUGCAGACACUGCUUCUAUCUCUCGAAUGCACGACCCGACAACUGGUUCUGUUUCCCUUGUAGUCCGAAUCAUGAGCUGGUGUGGGCCAGGAUGAAGGGCUUUGGUUACUGGCCUGCUAAGGUGAUGAAGAGGGAGGGCAACCAGGUGGACGUUCGGUUCUUCGGUCACCAGCAUCAAAGGGCAUGGAUUCCUUCUGACAACAUCCAGGAGAUCACAGUCAGUGUGCAGCAGCUGCAGGUGAAGCGCAGCUCGGGCUGGAAAAAGGCAUGUGAUGAGCUGGAGCUCCACCAGCGCUUCGUGAGGGAGGGCCGUACCUGGAAGGGGAAGCCAGAAGAGAAGCAUGACAGGUCGGAGAGGCACGAAAGACAAGAAGACAGACAGGAAGAGGCGGAGUCAAGCAUCUCUUCCACAUCCAACGAGCAGUCAAAAGGCAACCAAGAGCCCAAAGCUAAAAAGAGCCGCCGUUCCCAAGUCGCAGAGCCCAAAGAAGAGGAGCCAGAGCCGGAGAUGGAAGCCGUCAGCUCCAGCCAAGAGAUCCCAACAGCUGUUCCACAUCAGCCGGAGCGUAUGUCCGUCUACACCCAGACCAAGAAGUCUGCCUCGCCUUCUUCCUCUUCCUCACCGGCCCCCCGCAUGGUACACCGAGGCACACAGACGCUCAACGAGGGCAACUGCCAAAACAUGUGCCAUGACAAAUACACCAAGAUCUUCAGCGAUGUUAAAGAAAUGAUGAAAGCGGAGAACAAGCGGGAGACCGAACGCGUCCUGAAAGAGGCCCUGGACAAGUUGCGAGGGGAGAUGGAAGAAGAGAAACGGCAGGCGGUGAACAAAGCAGUGUCCAGCACGCAGGCUGAGGUGGAGAGAAAGUGCAAACAGGUGAAGGAGAAGUGCAAAGAGGAGCUCAUGGAGGAGAUGAAGAAGAUGGUAGCUCAGCAUAAACAACUUCUUUCCCAGACCAAGAAGAAGCAGUGGUGUUAUAACUGUGAAGAAGAGGCGAUGUACCACUGCUGCUGGAACACGUCGUACUGCUCCAUCAAAUGUCAGCAGGAGCACUGGCACGCGGAUCACAAACGUACCUGUCGCCGGAAGAGAUGAGCUGGCCACGCCCCUCCUCUCGACUCCACCCAUCCACAAGCCACGCUAUUGGAUAGAUCAUGGAUUCUUGAUUUUUAGCCAGCAUUUUAAACCCCCAGCUCCGGACACUUACCUGGACAUUUUACUGAGUUGCGGUGAACGCUAACAGGACAAGUGAGCACGGGCUUUCACGUAUUCCUCGUAGAGAUGGGUUUUAUGUUUGGAUUUUAACGGUAUCUCUUUACUUAUCCUUUUUUUUUUUUUACCCUUUUAUUUGCUGUACGACGGAAAUCAGCCUUGCUUGCAUACAGACUAGCUGAAAUGUGAAGUACUAGUAAUCUUUUUAAACACAACUUAAUCUGAAGCUAUGUAGAUAUUUGAAUUUUUAUAUGAGCGAAUCAUGUCUGCCUCCUGCAUUGAGUGAAGUUGGUGCUUUUAAACUCGACGGUUGGUUUUUAUCAUUGGUUGUGAUGUCUUUUUUCUUUGGGAACAGGGUUUAAAGAUGGCAGGUCAUGUCUGUCUGAAUGAUACAAUCUUCCAUUAAUGAUUAUGCACAUUUCAUGGUUACACUUUAAAAUAGGCCUUUUAAUUUUUAACAAAAAAUAAAUAAAUUAUGUGCUAAUUUUGGGGUCCAUUGCAGUAGCUUAAGUGUACUAAAUGUUUGCCAAGUGGGAUCUUUAGUGAGGUUCAUAAGUGUGAACAAAACCUGAUUUCAUGUCAAGAUCCCUUUAAGUAGCAAAGUUUAACCAGACUUAAGAUUGUACAGAGAUCAGAGUAAAUGGAACAAUCAGAAAUGAUCGCUUUAGGGUUUUAUCAUCAAGGAUGACUUUUCAUGGCACUUUCUGACCUGAGGGAGAAGUUAAAAGGAUAGUUUACAUAAUUUAAAUUCAACCAUAAUUUACUCGCCUUUAAAGUUGUUCCAAACCUCUUAUGUGCUGCUCAAUGAAAGUAAAAUGGCUUGACUUGGUCUCCAUCCACUUUCACUUUAUAGAAAAGAGCAGCUUGGACACUUAAACAUCUCAUUUUAUAUUUUUCAGUUAAAUGCGUAUGGAACGACGUGAGGCUGAAUAAAUGACAAAAUUUAGGUGAAUUAUUGUCCUUUUAAAUAUUGCAAUAACAAAAAUUAAGUAAAAAUGAGGUAAGAUCUAUCUUUAGAGAGUUUUUGAGAUGUAAUUUAAUAAUGUCGACCAGGGCUGCGUUUCCCAAAAGCAAUGUUUCUACGAUCUGCUUUUGGGAAGGAGAAUCAAUCAGCUGAAGGAUGUAGGGGUACGUGAGGUCCUUCUUUCGUGUUUUUGCACAGAUCCAUAUGUGCGUGCACCUGUAUUCGGUCUCUCUCUGAAGUUCUGGAUGCGUCUUAAAUCACGUCUAAUACAUCCAGGUUUCUGUCCUGCCUCGUUUCUCUUUCUCUCGCUCCCUUCCCAACCUCACUGUUGCACUACAUGUAAAUAACUGUUUGCCGCUAACCGUGACUGAUGACGUUUGCACGUUAGCAUAUGUACAUUUCAUGAGCGCAUUAACUAUGUAUUUGAUAAAGUCGAACUGUAAAGGAAAAAAAAAUAUUUGUGAUAACGGUAAUUUGUUCCAUUCCAGUGUGCAUGAAACCAGGUUGUGUGAACCUUAUUUUGGACUCUACGUUAAUCAUUGCGUGUCAUCAGUGAUGCAGUAUGUCUCCUUUUUUGUUUUCUAGGGUAAUUUGACGCCACUUUGUAAUUGCAAGUAACCCUUUUUGAAAUGUAUUUUUAAUUUAUAUUUAUGCGGACAGAGUAAUGACUACUGAGAAUUUCCGACACCCAGCGAGAAGUCUGGUAAACAAACACCUGUCUUUCAUGUGCAUACGAAUUAAUGUGGUGUAAACGUUUUCCCCUUUCUUGCAUUACAUUAUGUAACAGUACUAUGUAUAAAUAAAACAUAUCAACCGGU